AUGAAAUCAGAAAAUAAAAAUAGUGAAUGUUUAUUAGAAAUUGAGAACGUUUAGCAAAUUCCAUAGCUGUCUCCAAAGGAGUUAUUUAACAAUCAGUACAAAGAAAUAAGGGUUUAAAUGUAGAAUUUAACAUGUACGAAUAUUUAAGAAAGCGGCUUUUACCAAAUCACAAACUUUCUAAAAAAGAUUAGUCCAAAUAAAUUGGAGGUUCUCUUAAUUAAUUUGGAAUGUUCUGAAGGACUAGCUGAAAAGCUUCGCUAUACUUUCGAAGAAAUAUUUGAGUUGAGAAAAGCCUUAUCACCUUUGAUGAAAAAAUUAAAAGUUUUUUAGCUUAAUUUGAACAACUGGGGCUAUUAAAAUUUAGGGCUGAUGCCAGAUAGCUGCUUUCCUCGUUUUUUUACAGAUAUUUACUAAUAAAUGGAAAUGAUGGAAGAAUUAACUAUCAAUUUAAAAAGCAUAGACCACAACAAUUCUACAACUAAAAUAACCUUGUUCUCAAUUAUAGAAAAUAUAAAAUUUGACAAGUUAAGAAAGCUAAGCAUUGACAUUGAACAUCCAAUUAACAUAUUUGCAUAAAAUAGAUUUUAACCUUCCUAAUUUGAAGCAAUGUUUUAGAAGAUAGUAGAAAAAGGCAAGAGUUUGCAAUCUUUAAAAUUAAAUGUAAACAGAUUUAAUUUGAGUAUGAGAUCGUUUCAAAUCCUAAUAGAAGGUCUAAAAAAUUUUGAAAAUUUAGAAGAAAUUGGACUUUAUUUGUUAUAAAAGAAUGAAAUAGAAAAUGAAGAGAUCAUUGAGUCAUACACUGAGCUGAUUAAAAUAAUUUUUAAUUUACCAAAAAUAAAGUUUAUAGAACUUCAGCAUGGCCUACAUAGUAUUGAGCAAAUAAAUAUCUAAUUCAUCUAAAAUUUGACAAACUUACUAGAUUAAAAAACCUUAUCAAUGAAAAUAGUUUCAUUUAAGCUAAAAAUAGCUUCUGCAAAUUACUCCCAAUCAGAUAUUUAUCUAAAAUUUUUAAUAAAAUAUGGUCGAAUUUUUGGCAGAGGCCAUGAAGAAUUUCCUUUUGUGAUGAGAAUGGGUGAUAAAUAACAUUCAAUUUUUCAAAAGGCAUAUUAUUUUGGAGUAGCUUCCAGAAUUUAGACUAUCUGUAUGAUAAAUUAGAUUUAAAAAUAUUUAAGUAAAUUUAGAUCAGAUAUUAUUUAUGACAUACAUGACAAAUGCUUUUGA